GUCUCUUUCCGUAUAUUAUAAGGUCCGUUUAUUUAUUAAUAAAUCCCCAGUUCUUCUCUCUCUCCUCUUUUGCUGCCCAGUUUAUGCAAAAGAUAAAGAGAGUGUGGAAAUAAAUAAUCAAAAAAGGCUAACAAUUGCAGCAAUUUCUUCUCUCAGAAAUUACAAGAAACGUUUCUAGUUUCUGGGAUUUAUCUAUAUAGGGACGAAGAUGUUACAUCACUGGGUUGUCUAUGUGGUUCUUGCUGAUUUUCCUGCUCAAGGGGGUAUACUUUUAUCCUAGAUUCCAAGACGUGGACAAGCCUUCAUUUGACUAAAGGGUUAAAUGGAAGCUGCUGAGGUUGAGUGUAUAAAAUUAUAAUGAAAAUACAGUUCCAAGCAUUAGUUUGCUGUAUUAUGGUGCAUACUUGACUUUUACACCUGUUCCUGAGGAGAGGCAGAGCAGUCGUGUUUUAGAGUGUAAGGAAUAUUACUGAAGAUUUGGUAGCUAUGUCAAAAAGUGUGCCAGUGUUUAAGAUCCCAGAUCACCAGGUUGCCGGACACCAGGCUCUUAACGGACAGCUUGGCCCACUUGUAGACGAAUCAGGCUUAUUCUACAAGCCCCUUAAGGGUGAUCGGGGCUUAAGAGAGGCUGAUUUCUACAAGACAUUUUUAGCUGAUGUCAGAGUGCCUGACCACAUCCGGAAAUUCUUCCCCAAAUCUUUUGGCACCCAGACUCUUGAGGCUUCUGAUAAAUCUGGGCCCCUUCCUCACCUUGUUAUGGAAAACUUAAUGUCAAAAUAUGCAAAUCCCUCCAUCAUUGAUUUUAAGAUUGGUUCUCGAACUUGGUACCCUGAAGCCACGGAUGAGUACAUUGACAAAUGUUUCAAAAAAGACAGAGAAACCUCUAGCCUUUAUUUGGGUUUCAGGGUAUCAGGGAUGCAAAUCUACGAGAAUCAAGAUUUAGGGUAUUGGAAGCCUGAUCGAAAGCUGACCAUAACUUAUACAGCUGACGAUGUCAAGUUAAUUUUGAAGAAGUUUGUCUCGUCAAACCAAGCAUCAGAUUUCAAAAAAGAACCGGACUGUAAAUUUGCUUCGACUGUCUAUGGUGGUUCUUCUGGCAUUUUGGCACAGUUGCAGGAGCUAAAGUCAUGGUUCGAGGAGCAAACAAUUUACCACUUCUAUUCGAGCUCAGUUUUGAUUGUUUUUGACAAGGGAUCACUGCUGGAAGGUAAAAAGGCGGUUCCUACAAUCAAGCUUGUUGAUUUUGCUCAUGUUGUUGAAGGCAACGGCGUUCUUGAUCAUAACUUCUUAGGCGGGCUCUGCUCACUGAUCAAAUUCAUCUCCGACACCAAUAAAGAUUGCUAGUAGAACGGAGCCUAGAUUUUCACCACCCUCUAUUGAAUCCCUGACUUGAAUCUUUUGGCAAUUGUUUUGAUGCUCAAACACACACUCUUUACUUGCUGCUUUUUUACAGUUAGUUUUUUAGGCAUGAUUUGAGACGUUUUUAUCUCAAGCUCCGAGUAUGAGAAAUAAUAAAAUUAUACUUUUUAUUACAGCUCACUUUUUAUA